UUAGAGGAACAAGUGUAUGGAAAAUGAGCUAGCCUUGAUUAAUUAAAGCAGGAAAAAUACGUUAGUCUGGAUAACAAAGCACUCUGGUGCGCCUGUUUUUAUGCUAAAAAAGCUUCACACAGACACACCUUGAUUUAAAACUUCAAAUACCUAUUAAGUGUAAUGCGCUUCACUAUGUUUUUAUUCAUCUUCUGGAUUUAUUAGGGAAACAAGAUUAGAUAGCCCAGGCGGCCAGAACGCAUCUGUUAUAGUUCUGGACUUCUCGCAUUUUGCGUCCCUUCGAUUAUAGGCUACGUUUUGAUCUAGGAGCAAGAUGGGCGCCUCAGUUAAUUGGAACUGGACUAUGGGCUUCCUAGCGUUCUGGAUGGUGCUUCUGUCCUUUGGAUUUGGGUCGAAUGGAGAGAUUGCACCGAAACCAACCGGCGCAAGCACCAAGCCGGUGCAGCCGGUGAAGCCGGACGGGGGUCCUCAAGCAUUUCCAGAGGAGGAGAAACAGAACCUGCCCGUGUUUUCGAUGGAUUACCAACGAAUACAGGUGCCCUUCGAAAUUACCCUCUGGGUCCUGCUCGCCUCAUUUGCGAAAAUUGGUUUCCACGUGUACCACAAGAUCACCAUCUGGAUCCCGGAGUCUUGCCUGCUGAUCAGCAUCGGCCUGAUCGUCGGCGGGAUCAUGCACUCGGUGCACGAGGAGCCCCCAGCCGUCCUCAGCUCCAACGUCUUCUUCCUCUACAUGCUGCCGCCCAUCGUGCUGGACUCGGGCUACUUCAUGCCCACGCGGCCCUUCUUCGAGAACGUGGGCACGGUGCUGUGGUUCGCCGUGGUGGGCACCCUCUGGAACUCCAUCGGCAUCGGCCUGUCUCUCUACGCCAUCUGCCAGAUCGAGGCCUUCGGCGUGCAGGACAUCAACCUGCAGGAGAACCUGCUCUUCGCCUCCAUCAUCUCGGCCGUCGACCCCGUGGCCGUGCUCGCCGUCUUCGAGGACAUCAACGUCAACGAGCAGCUCUACAUCGUGGUCUUCGGGGAGUGCCUGUUCAAUGACGCCGUCACUGUGGUGCUGUACAACAUGUUCUCCUUCGUGGCGGACAUGCCGGUGGUGGACUCCGUGGACGUGUUCCUGGGCGUGGCGCGCUUCUUCGUGGUGGGCAUCGGCGGGCUGCUGUUCGGCCUCCUGUUCGGCUUCGUGGCGGCCUUCACCACGCGCUUCACCUCCAACGUGCGCGAGAUUGAGCCGCUCUUCGUCUUCAUGUACAGCUACCUGGCCUACCUGGUCGCCGAGCUCUUCUCUAUCUCCAGCAUCAUGGCUAUUGUCACCUGUGCCCUGACCAUGAAGUACUAUGUGGAGGAGAACGUGUCCCAGAGGUCAUGCACCACCAUUCGGCACGUGAUCAAGAUGGUGGGCACUGUGUCUGAGACCCUCAUCUUCUUCUUCCUGGGAGUUGUCACCGUCACCACGGACCACGAGUGGAAUUGGGGCUACAUACUGUUCACUCUGCUGUUCGCCUUCGUCUGGAGGGGACUGGGUGUCCUCGUCCUGACCCAGAUCAUUAACCCCUUCCGUACCAUCCCCUUCAACUUCAAGGACCAGUUUGGUCUGGCGUACGGUGGUCUGCGUGGUGCCAUCUGCUUCGCCCUGGUCUUCCUCCUCCCCGAGAACAUUGGCCGGCGCAACCUCUUCAUCACUGCCACCAUCGCCAUCAUCAUAUUCACGGUUUUCCUCCAGGGCAUCAGCAUCCGACCUCUGAUUGAGUUCAUGAACGUCCGGAGGACCAAUCGAAAGCUCACCAGCAUCAACGUGGAGAUUCACACCAGGGUCAUGGAGCACACCAUCGCUGGAAUUGAGGACCUCUGUGGACAGUGGAGCCAUUACUAUUGGAAAGACAAGUUCAAGAAGUUCAAUGACAGGUUCAUCAGGAGGAUCCUGAUCAAGGACAGCCGGGCAGAGUCCAGCAUCGUGGCUCUGUACAAGAAGCUGGAGCUGCAGAACGCCAUGGAGGUCCUGGACACCACCGCUGGAGACCUCAGCGCUGCUCCGUCCAUCAUCUCCCUGCAUGAGGAGAAGAAGCCCUCCACUAAACCGAAGAGGAAGUUCCUGGGCGAAGACCUGAGGAACAUGCAUGACAUCCUCUCCAAGAACAUGUACAAGAUCCGCCAGCGGACUGUGGCCUACACCAACAAGAGCUCCCUUCCCAAUGACACCAAAGCCAAGGAGAUCCUGAUCCGACGACAUGCCAGCAUCCGCCGGAGCCUGCGGUCAGGGAGCUUCCAGGCACCGGAUGUCGCCAAGUCCCAUAAGUACUUCUCCCUGCCUGCUGGGAAGAAUCUGGACUCCAAGUUCCCCCCAAAGAGGUUCCGACAUGCAGAUGACGAUGAUGUGGACCUGGAUACUGACUACCCCUCUGCCAGGCCCAAAUACGGCCAGCCCCUGCGGUCCUCGUCCCGGGCCAUGAUGCCCCUGAGGAGGCUGGACACCUUGCGGGAGGUGCCCACCGACAGCGCCGGUGCCCAGCCCUCCCUGGUGGACUUCGUGGAUGAGCAGGGGGCGCGGCUGGGUGGGCGGGGCCCAUCCCGCCAGGCCUCCAGCGCCAGCGACUCCCUGCUGCCUGCCCCCCGGCGGCGCUUUGACCGGCAGGACGGCGGACACCCGUCCCCGUCUCCAUCCCCUAGCUGGGCUCAGGACCCUCAGGACCCUAACGGAGACGGAGAGGCGUGGAACCCCCUCCUCGGACGUCCGCAGUGGAAGCCGCACGUCCCGCCAAAGCCCUGAGAGCGCGACCCGGGGCGGACCGGAGUGGCGCAGACUGUGGGAGGGGUGUUGUGAGGGGCACGGUCAGGGGGGAGGGGCGGAAUGGCCGAAUCUGCUGCUAGGUCACAACCACCUCAAAACUGUGAAGCGCCAACUACUCAGAGAAGAACUGAAAAUGCACUACAGUCGAUGCUUUGAAUAUGGACAUAGAGCAACAGCACGCACUCCAGGAGCACAGACACAAAUAGCAGCUUGAGCUGCAGAAGAGACUGGGAAAUGCUACUCUGUUUUUUUCAGACUGAAUUCUGGAAACUAGCAAACGUCUUUCGUAGGUGUCUUUUUCAAUUUUACCGGCUAGGUUUUAAAUGUUGGGUAGUAUUUUCCUUUUUAACCUUAUUUUAAUCCACGUUAACUUUCUGGUCACCAUCCUCCUCUGGACACGCAGGAAUUUUGAACCAGUUCAGUGACAUUAGCAUAUAACAGGUUAUUUAUGUGUGCCUCACCGGGCCUCUAAGGAGUCAUCCAGAACUAGCUUUUCCGCCAGUGAUGUUCACCAUAUCAGGGCAGUGAAUCAGCAGUGCACGUGCCCCUCGUGGUGCUCCCACAAUGCCUUGGAGGCCGUCGGACAUUUGCAUGUGUCGCGACAGUUGCCAUAGCAUGGGACUGAUGGCCACCACAGCUCUGACGUCUGUGAAGCCAAAUGUUCAACGCAAAUUCCUCUGGGCUGCUGGUAGUCCAAAACUCUUACCUGCCGUGUACCUGUUGUACGCUUCUCCUUUCUCUUUUCUUAAGGAGGCUGAUUAAGACUGCGUAUGGAAAGAACACGCCCUUUUCAAACAAAGCCCUGAUAAGAGCUGCAGACCUCGCUGGUGGGUGUGCUUAGCGGUAUCUCCACUGGAUGAAGGGGACCUACACCUGGCCGGAGCAGGCAGAGUGCUGCUCAUCUGGCAGCCCAGCUCUGUGUCGGUGAUUGAGCAACAGAGCAGUCUGACAUACAGUUUAUGCUCGCAAAUGGAGGAGUUGCAACGACAUGUGUGCACGCACGCAGAGACGUGUGGAGAGAGUGCAGAGAGUGUCUUGUCACACACGGAAAGUUGUGACAAAGUACCUCAGACUGUGUUCCCCUCCCCCGAGUAUGUGGCGCAGUUCAAGGGAAGUGCGUCGACAUGGAAAUGUGUUGGUAACAUGGGUGAAGCAAUGGGGGUCCUUGCCUCUCUGGGUGCAUAAUGAUGUCAUCAGGCAGGUACCACAGAACUCAGUCUCUGUCCUUGGGUAGAGGGUGCCUUCCAAAGAAAAAAAGAAAUUACCCAAACCAUGAUA